GUCGCUGUUCUCGCUCUGCGUGACAAUAAAGGAUUCUCAGCUCCCGGAGCAGAUGGACGGAAGGACACAACCAGUAGCAAAGUGCUGGGUUCCUGGAACUAAGGGCACAUGCAAAACACACCAGAGGACGGGGCGACAGUGAGACGAAACAUGUGGAGAGAAAUGUUCAAAUGGAGACUAGUUUUAUUCAAGCCGUGGAUAUCAAAAACGCGCUGAUUCACCGGAUGUGCUACUCUUUUCUACGUCUGUCAAACUGCUGGCGCAGGCACCCCACUGCCAAACUCAACUUUGUCGUUGUUAUCGCAUGUUUUGUCUACUUCGUGUUUGCACUUCAUCAGGUGGGCCAGUACGUGAAUUCUCAAGACCACAGACCAGACCAGUCCCAGCGAUAUCGGACAGGCAGAGGUGUAUACUCAGUACUGAUUGAUGACCCGCUCACAGUCCCCGAACCUCCAGCGGGACAAAAUGCUACAGUCUCGUCUGAGUCACACCCGACGAGAUCCAACAUAGUGUACAUAACGCUGAGAAGUAAACGCCUGAAGCCAGCCAUUAUUCGGGGCACUGUGCGACCCAAAGCACGGAGGAAAAAUGGAAAGAAGGCCAAGUAUUGGGAUUCGAAUGCACUGCAAAGCACUAUUGGCAAAGUGGGUGACACGGGAGACAUGUCUGACCACAGAGGUGGCUUGGAAUGGAGCCAAAUUGGGCUCGAGGAUUUUAACAGUAAAAUAAUAAAGCAACUGAAUGCGGUGGACUUAGUCAGCUCUAUCAGGAUUUACAGUGGAAAGGCGCCUCCCUGGUUAACCAAACAGGACGUCGAUGCCAUGCGCUUUCUUGCUGGAAGUCCCAUUACGCGCAUCUCCAAGUUGCAUUCUGCGGAGUCGCCCAACGCACUACUCCUGGAAAGCGCUGCCGACGGGCCACCCCGUCGCAAUAGCUCGGACCAUGACCCGGAAUGCCAGGGUCGCUGUGGUGUCAUCAAGCGAACUGUCGACAUGUGCGAAGUAUUCGCCUUCCAUUUGGACAGGGUCUUGAACCUAAACAUGAGCUUGCCAGCGGUCGGCAGGAGAUUUCAGUUCCUUGAAGGUGGGCAGCCGUGCCCCGUGGUGCUGUGGGACCCCUCCCUGAGUGCCGUGGGGGGCUCCACUACGCCCCCGGUCCGCCUCACCUGGGGGGCCUACCAGAGGCUGCUCAAGCACCGCUGCUGGACCAAGGGGCUCCCCCCGAAACCAGAGUGGGGGUGCACGGACAUACACCACUACGAGUGGAGCAAAAUGGCACUCUUUGACUUCCUGCUGCAGGUGUAUGGGCGCCUGGACAGGGGCUGCUGUGGCUUCCGGCCUCGUCCUGAGGACUCGUGUGUGCGUCUGUCCCACCACCAGGGCUGUGCCAACGCGGACGAGGCCCCCCUGGCACACAUCGUCCGACGCAAACACGACCCCCGCCGCCUGGUGUUUGUCAACAAUAAGGGCUUCUUCGACCGGGAUGUGGACAAUCUGGACUUCAGACUGCUGACAGGAAUCAAAGAGCUCCCAGAUCAGGCGGUGUCUGUGUUGCGUGGGCAGCAUCUGAGGGAACGUUUGCUGCAAUCGCUGUUCCUGGACCAGGUGUACUGGGAGAGCCAGGGCGGCCGGCAGGGCAUCGAGAAGCUCAUCGACGUCAUCGAGAGCCGCGCCAAAGUGCUGCUCACCUACAUCAACGCACACGGCAUCAGAGUCAUGAACAUGAAGUAACGACCUGGAUUCAGAUUCACACGUGUGGACACAUGUACACACAGGAUGUGCUGCUCACAGACGCAGAUGUAUUACACACACACACACACACACACACACACACACACACACACACACACACACACACACACACAAGCAGUCUUACACAUUCAUACUGUACAUGCACACAGUCGCACUCAGUUAUACUGUACACAGAUACACACACAGUCACAUGCAUUCUUACACACUGGUGCUGGCAUGCAAAAUGCCCUUUAAUAAGUCCCAGACUCUGAAGGUAACUGCUAGUUAAUUGAAUUUCCUUUGGGAUUUAUCAAGUUAAUCUAGUUUAUCUUGUUUUAGCUGACCCACUGAAGUGUCUAUGGAUCCUGGCUUGUCCACAGCCAACAUCUUUUUUUUACUUUUGUGUCAUGCUUUAUUCAAUGUAUGCAAAUUACUCAUUACACACCAUUGUGUAUUUCAUUAUCAUCUCACCUCACUAACUGAUCAUAUUAAAUGCUGGUUUUAGAUUAGUCUGUCCCCACACUAACUGUUUCAUUAUUCUUACAUAUUAGCACUUACAAGGACAUGCCUUCUGCAUUUCAACACCAAGUUCUCAUAUUUAUCACUGCUCCUCUGUUUACAAUAGCUCUCACUGCACCACAUUAAAACACCUUUUUAUAUCCAUGUAAUAUCAGUUAAUUACAUACAGUAUAAGUGAUCACCAACAGUAUCUACUAUCAGCGUACCGAGUUUACAAGUUUUUUUGUAGCAUUGUUUUGCCAUACGUGAGAUACCAACCAUAUCAGCCAAGCCAUUGUUGGAGAGGAAAAUCCUUCAUAAAUGCACUAACUAAUUAUUAUUUUUCUUUCUUUUCUAAUUAUCGUUACAAUCAAUGCAUUUUAAAACAGGUUUAUUAUGAAUACAUUUUCUAUGCAAGGGGACCUGAAUGCAGGCUCUGUUUAUUAUUUAUUCUUGCCCCGUGGUGUGCGUGUGAGUGCGUAUCACUUCUCGGGUAUGUGUGUCUCUGCCGUCUCCAGGGGUUUAAAUAGGACUGAAAGUGUUCGCUUGUGUCAUCUGUUUAGUGUUAUGACUGACUCACAGUUGACUGGCCCUGUGAUGAGAUGCGGGAGAUUAAAGUGCCCUCCUGUGGGGGCUGGGACGGCCCAUUAGUCCAGCCCCCAGGGCCGCUGACAGUUUUUGCUUGGCCCAGGGGAAAGUCAUUUGAAAGGGCCCCCUAUCCAAUACAUGCAAUGUAAUGAAAACUAAAUUUUGGGCCCGGGGCAACCCCCUUUGCCCCACCCCUCUGUCGACUUCCCUGCAGCCCCAUACCACUGGGCUGAUUUCUUGAGGCCAUUUGAUCAAGCAGCAAUGUUGCACACUGAGGGCAUACCCAUCACGUGUCAUAUUGAUGAGGUUGCCUGGACCUAGACCCUGCCCUAAACCGAACCAUCACAUGAAUUCAUGUUGCCAUGAGUGCGUGGUUGCAUGAGUGCAGCAGCAGUUUAGGUGCCAUAUCCAUACUCUUGGUGUUCAAUAUUGCUGCAAUGAGUCAAACAGUGAUGCAUCCGAAUGAUAGUAUUAAGACUAUUCUGAACACAAGCUAUAGGCUUACACCAAAUCCCACAAAACCUUGACCAUGGACCUUAAUGAUGUUUUGGAGGUCAUAGUGAUAAAUGGAUAGUUUUAGCCCUUGUGAUUUCUGCCAUUAAUGUAAUGUUAUACAUUCUUGUGAAUAAAUAUGUAAUAAUGAUGUA